AUGGCGGAGCCGCUGCUACUAGCGGCUCGCGAGCUCGUGCGAGGAUCUGUAGCGUCACUUCCUCCUGACUUCGAGGUUGUAGCUUCAGCUGCUUCUACGAUGCAUCUAGCCGUGUUAUUCCGGUCCCGAACGGCGCAAAAAUGCGUGCGUUUGGGCGUGUUUAAGACGGACGAUGAUAACAACGUAGAGGACCCAGAACUCGUCGAUAUACUGACCGAACCAGGCGAUUCUGAAGCUUCUCGUAGCCAAGAUAACAACUGGACGCUUGUAUGGAGUCCAGACCUUAAAUUCCUCGUCGUCAGCGGUCGAAUUGCAAGCGCAGAGGGCGAAUCCGAAGGCGUUAUGUGGAUAUUCGCUCGUCCUGCAUGGCUGGCUUCAACUGAAGCUUCCGAUCCUUCUGAUGGACCCCCACUGGUACUACGUUUAGAACCAGCCAAGUACCUUACUUCAAAGCAUUGGAACCCUGCAACCAGCAUCGUGAACGUGUUCUUCCCGACGCAGAACGGGAAUAAAGUGUUCGUGCUGUCCGAGGACGGAGUGUGGCUCAGUGUGAGCGUGCAAUUGGCCAAAUUGGCGCUAAAUGCCAUGAACCCAGUAACUUCAGAAGAUACUACAGACAUUUUUACAAUAAAAGUGGUGAAGAAGCUCACGGAGUGGCAUGCAGGUGUCACAGCCGCGUGUUACGACCCCAAGAGUGCUACACUCGUGGUGAGUGGAGGAGUGCGAGACCCUAGCACUGAUUUAGUGGAGAAACAAGCGUCGUCAUUGAGUGUCUGGAAAGUUCUGGGUGACAAGGACUCCAAAGACGUCGCAGAAUUACUAGACUUUACAAUGGAGAGUGAUGGUCUUCUUAGCAGCGUCAAGAGCACGCUACUUGCCCCUUUAAAGAUGAUAGUUGGGGGUGACACCUUAGAGACCCGAGUGAUGCGAGGCUCUAUCUGUCACCUCGCACUCGCACCCAAUGGGAACUACAUGAGUAUGGUGGAUGACCUUGGACGUGUAGCAAUCCGACAGAUUGAUAUCUGCGCUGAGGUGCUGACGUGGCAAACGGUAGAAGACGUGGCAGUCAACUCUCCGGACAGCGCAAUGAAGCGCGUUGUAUGGCUGACAUCCGACGUAUUGGCACUUUUUCUCACCGACAACAACGUUAUCUACUCGAGAUUUAUCGCUCAGUCGGAGGAAGGAGCUGUGUCGGGAUUAACCAGUGACAGCGAUAACGACAGUGUGUCUUCUUCGGGGGCUACAGGUCGCCUUAUACUCACUCCUACAAGACACUACAGACCUACGAUGGGUGCAGUGACUAGCGUUCUGAUACUCACUCCUGGGGUUGCUAAGCAGAGCACUGUGUUUACUACGUACGAGCUUGUCAUUAGUCAAGAUCUUUGGGUGGCGAAUCAGAUCCAGAACGUAAAAAGUGAGUCAUUUAUUGAGCUGCUUCUGGACGCACACAAGUUCGAAGACGCUCUUGCGACGGCGCAACUAUACGAGCAACACGGGGACUGUAUUAACGUCGAUGGUAUUCACCGUCGUAUAUGGAUGAAUUACCGGGAAGAAUCUGGUCGACUACACGAAGAAAUGGAGCUCCAGAAGAUCGUAUUUCUAUCCACACGACCCCGAGUUCUUAAACGUGGAGAGCGCGACGAGUUCAUCGAAGCUUUGGACCAUUUACGCGCUGUUUCGGACAAGAAGUGGGUGCUUGAGGAAUGUUUGAAGAUGGUCGCUGAUGACUCAAGUGCCAGUAUGAAGAAGAUCCUUGAUGUUGCGUGGGAUGCGUGGGUUAGUGUGAAUGGCGGCAAUGAGAAUGGCACUGAGUUGUCACAGGACAAACUGGAUCUCCAACGCUAUUUCUAUCGCUUAGAAACAAUGCGACUGGUUCUGUGUGAUGUAUCCUCCACGUCAGUAGCAGGUGACCAGCUCUUUGAUGGAGCAACGUACGCGCUGUUCAGAGCUUCAUCUGUCGUGUCGACAGCGAAGCAGUUUGCUCGAGAGGGGCGUGUCAGUGCACUCUCUAUUUUACUCCAACGACAUGGGUGGAAUCUGCUUCCUCAUUGGUUAAAUAUUCUGGAGCUGCUGCCACCGUCGGUGUCUCCAUCGACAUACGCGCUGUUACUCCCGAUGAUUCCUACUCAGGUAGAAGACGACGCACAGUUCUACACACUGCGCAGCUCAGGCGUAGACGGCGUGGCUCCAAUACCUCUUCUCUCUGAAAAUCGAGUACAGGACUUAACUGACGAAGAGCUGGUCGCGUUUGAGGCGUUCUCCAACAUGCAACGUGAAGAGCGCAUUGCAGCGUAUGGCGAGUGGUUUUCCAGGAGGAUCCUCGAGUUGGAUGCACGUUUCGGUCAGCUUACAUUCGCGUACGAGCUGAGCAACUUAUUCGGCACGUGUCUAAGUGGAUGGACGUCUCCGGAAGCCAAGAAGCCACUGGAGGAGCUCUGUCUGCAUACAGAACGCUUGUAUAAGUGCGUGUACCCGUUGCAUUUAUCAGCUUGCUGCUUGCUCCCAUUGAGUGAGUGGGCUGUACUGUCAAUGCAAGACCAAGCUAUCAUCGUCGUGGGCUCGGACGAACGGGAGAUCACAGGAGACGUCACGCCGAUCAUCGAUCGUUUAGAUGCAGUCUUUGUCUCGCAGCGUAGAGACCACACAUAUGCUCUGGAUGAACUCUUCUCUUGGCUGGCAAAGACUAUGGCGUCCAAGUCUUCGCUAGGAACUCUGACGCUUGCAGCUCAGCUGAUCCAACGCAGUAACCCGUCUAUCAGUUUAUCGAGGCGAUACAUUCAGAGCAACGCUCGACUUAUCGAGACUGCGGUCGAUGUCGUGUACUCCGUCGACGCCUCCGAGAUUGUCGGUGAUAAAUCGCCCAACGUGGACGAAGAAGUGUACAUACAGCGUCAUGUCGCUCUAGUGGAGCAACUGUGGGCUAUUUUCCAGUCUCUUCCUGUUCGUAAAGAGCACGAUCCUCCUGAGAUCGCGCAACUACAAGUAGCUGUGGACGAGAUGGAAGAUCUCAUGGUCACGAUGGAUAUACUCAGCAAAUACGGCGUCGUGUCGUCACCUAGCAGUCUCAAGUAUCGAAUGCUAGCAAGCGCAGAUACCAGCGUUGGACCUCGUAGUUUGCUCGAGCAAAUGUGCGCGUUUGCUUUAUCUGACGAAUACUCUGAUGACGAGGAUAAAAGCGAUGGAAGUCAGUGGCUAGAGGUAUUACAAGAUGCUAUCAAGCUGAAGGAACAUGCGUUCGGUGAGCGACUGAGUCAGGAGAUGAUUCUGGACGUCAUUUUGAAGCAUCUGCUAGCUCCUGGUCGCGCCUACAUUGAUGCUGCGCAGAACCUAGUGAGUCAUUGGAUCGCUUCGGACGUGGAGGCUGUGGAGCAUGUUCUGGAUGCCUUGUUCGGGACAAUUCGAGCGGCGUUGGACUCUGUUACGGGAUACUCGGAGGAUGCGAGUGCGAAUAAGGUCCAUGAAGCGGCAUUGGGCUGCAUCAACAUCGUUAAGCAACUGCUAUUGCUGUCCGUGUGGGACGACGGAGACCGCGCAGUUACUGGAGCUAAGCAACACUACGAAGUGUUGUUGGCGGUCGAGACAGAUAGAGCGCAUGCCUGUGAGUUGCUGGACUUAUUGACGUAUGGAGCAGUGAAAAUGUCGCCGUCGCAGCUUCGAGCGAGUCAUUCAGAGGAAGAAGAAGAGAAGGCCCGCGCUCGACUGGAUGCUGUGUGCCAAGUAUUUGUGAGUAACCCGAGCAAUUACAAGCCGUCAGCGCGAGCAAGAGAGUGGCUAACACAGCACCAUGGGGAUGCUACUGAGACGUGGAGUGGGCCUCUGGCUGCGGUGCUGCAUGUGGCCAAGCUACUGCGUGUCGACUCGCACAAGCUCGAGAUCUGGAUGAAAGGAGCGUACGCCGCGCUGUAUUGUAUGGACUUUGACGUUGCGUACGACUUGACCAUGCAAGUUAUCGACGGGAUUCCAGACGAGGUGGAUGCAGUCACAACCAGCCACAGCAGUGACAAGUUUACGCUGCUGCAUUUGGUGUCGUUAGUGCUGGAUCUUGUGUCUUCGUCCUCGUUCGGGUCAUGGAGUAAGAAGCGCAAACUCUGUGCAGCAGUAUUCAGUGCUGCCAACGUCUCGUCGUUCGAUCUCUUCGCGCAUCACGUAACAGACUUGGUGUUGUCUUGGCUUGAGAAGAUCGAAGCGAUUCAAGCUUUAAUGCUCGAGCUGGGCUUGUCCGACAGUGACCUGGAGCAAGGUCGUCUAGCUGGAGGUAAGGCCAUAGGCAGUGCGGAAGCUGUGCUGCUGAAUGAGCUUAAGAUGGUGGUGGAGCUGCUGCAUGAAGAAAAGAACGACCGGCAAUUCCUGUUACGCUUGUUACAGCGUGGCUUGCAACUCACUCAGGUGACGCUGAACAGUGAUACUGAAGUCGAAACUCCAGCGUCUGUAGCGUCCUUCCUCCAGCAAAUGAUUCAACUGUGUGUGGAAGAAGCUGUCGAGUUAUGUACCAGUGACCAUGGAGACUGGCAGCAGUAUUUGGAGCUUUGUUGCAGCUACUUAACGCUGUUUAGUGACCUUUGCGCUGACGAUGACAGCUUCGAAAUAUUUUGCACCGAUACAGUCCUCUCGUCUGUACCAGACUCCAGUGAAUAUGCGGUCGUCGUGCGUCGCUUACACCACUUUUUCCUGCUCCAAGCAGCUCGAGCAAAGGACGACACGACGGACAACAGUGUACAAGCUCUGCUAACUCGCAGAAAGCGUCUAGAAACGUUGUCUGCUUCGUAUGAUGCCGCACGUCGAGCUGUUGGCUCUGGAGACGUUCAAAGUGGAGCGCUAAGUGACGUGACAGCAGAGAACCUAGCUGAACGAUGUCACGAGCGGCUGAUCUCGCAGAAAAAGUCCCAGGAGCUGGACCAAAUGAGCGCGUUCUUCAACGCCGAGUUGGAUCUGGAGCGCUUCUCUCUUGACGACAGCUACAGGAACGACAAGAUCAUGAUGUUGGCCACGAAGAAAGAGCACUUGCUGCUCGCCAGACAGUUCGCGAUUAAGUAUGGUGUCGACGAGUACGAGUGUGUGUUGGCGUACAUCAAACACGCACUGCUCUGUCCGUCCGAGACCAGUCGAGUGGGUCGUCGUGAGCAAUUGGACGAGGCCUUCGCUAUCGCUCAAGUUGAUAUCUUGGAGGAAGCGCUGCAGAGACCGAUAGUCUUUGGGGACUUUCUACUGAAGAGAGAGACGCUAGGAGAGCCCAGUUUGUACGAGACAAUCAAUGGAACAGAUCACGUUGGCGUGCUACUCGUGCUGCGCAUGGUGUUAGAAUGCUCCAAGCGACUUUACCAAGCGUCCACGGACUCUUUGUCGUCCUCUCUCUUCCCUUUGAACAAGUCUUCGAUCGACCGUAUCACGCUGUUGUUCAUGUGCUUGAAGAAGCUCAAAGAGAUCGGAGACGCGCUGAACAACGGCGUGUUAGUCGACCUCAAGCUCAUCGGUGCAGCCUCUACUACCACCGAGCUAUUGACAGUGUCACGGACAGAUGCGGUAGCCAAUAGAAAGGUGGCUGUCGAAGCAGUACGUCCCUUAUUCACCGGCAAAACCAUCAAGCUCGUCACCAAGAUCUUACGCAAGUUACAUCGCGUAACACCCAGCGCUAUGGUCCUGAUCUACAUGAACGAUUUACUCGCAGGGAUCUGGAGAGAACAUGGCGCUGGCAACAGUACAGGAGCGUUGUCUGCAGACUUGGCAGUGUACGCGUACGAGUCGUGUGUCCCGUGUCUCUCCGUCCUCUCGAACGAGCACUUAAUGCUGUUCCAUUACUUGUUCCUGGACGGAUCGAGUGGCACAUCCCCACCAGACUUAAUAGCGCAUCUGGACGUUCAUGAGGAAUUCUACGGACAGUCUUUGAACGGUCUACAACACUUUGGCUCGUUGUUGACAGCUCGGAAACGUGUUGAGCUUGUAGCAGAGACACUGACGCUGUUCCUGACCAAGUACAGUUCGUGGCAAAGUUCGGGGUCGCACUCGAAUGUUUCGUCUGCGUCGUCUACGUCGUCAUCGUCCUCGAUAUCGUGGGACCCCACACAGUUCAAGAGGGAGGAGCAGGAACUGCAUUACUUGGAGCGUCAACUGGCCGAGAACGUCUGCUUCUUAGUAUUAAGUGAAGUCGAGCAGAGUGGCUUGGUAGUCACUGGUGAGACACAGACGUUGCUGUCGAGUUUGAAAGCCUGGUUUGCGAUGGACUCUCUGCAACAAGCUGCCAAUGAACAAGUGCUUCACAGCACUGUACUAUUGGAGCUUUGUCAACGUGUAGCUUCUGUGGAACUCGCAAGUCUCGUCAUGGAGUUAUGUCUAGUUUUUGGUGGUAGCAAAGCCAGCAGCGAGGUUAUAAUCGCGCAAGAGUACGAGACUGCAGUGGCCACUUUAGUCCAGCGAUGCAUGGACAACGAGACAAAGCCGACUGCGUCCUGGGUAGAGCAGUUCGUGUGGACGUGGGUGACAGGAUCAAGUGCUCCCAACAGUAACCAUAUGUCAGAGCUUGGAUGCUUCCUUGAUGCCACUUGCAGCUCUCGAAAUACCAGCUCAAGUGCAGUCUAUGAACGUGUUGUCACACUGUUAUCACAGUCGCCGUCUACGCUACUGAAGGAGAUCGGACUGAGUCGACUUGCAUCGAUGAAAGACGCAAGUGUCGUAGCCACGGUACGUGACGCAGUGUUGUUUCAAUGUGGACAGUUGAUCGCGUCUCGAGAAGAGCUCCACAAGUGGACAGAAGCUGCAGUGCUCAGCCACGUACUGACAGCCGCAAGUAGUGGUAAUACGGAUUGGGACUUCGGCCUUCACGUCAAGGCAGUGUGGUCUGUACUGUUAACCACGUACGAGUUGGACGGACAGGAGGAUGCGCUGCGUGUGUUUGAAGUUCCAAGUGUCGACAUCUCCACCCACUUCGCUGCAGUGUUUGAAGAACUAUUAGCGUUCAUUGAGCUGUGCUGUAGUGACGACAACCCCAAGACUGUGACGUUUACAGAGACGGCAACGAUGGCGUUAAGUAACCUACUCAUACGUCACGAUGGCGGCGUCGACGGGACUGCACAACGCAGUGCCUUAGCAUGGCAACACGAGCAACAACGUGCAGUUGAAGCGCGUGUUCUUACGCAGUUCCAAGUGGGAACUGCGAGUGAGACGACAGCGUCAUCCCAUGACGACGCGACGUGUUGGGCAGCGCUCUUCGCACGUGGCGUCUGGGGCGCUCGCGUGUUGACUUGGUACACGACACACGCGUACGCAGAGCUCAAUGACCAAGAGGAAGUCACAGAAGCAGUCAUCUUAGUGCAUUGGGAGGCCCACAACGUCGAGCUGGCACUUCAACUGCUUCUUACGUGUCCUUUCGAUGGCCUACGAGCGAGACAUAUCGAUCGUGCGUUGUCCGUCGUCCGUCAAUGGCCACAUACGUCUCGUAGCUGGUCUAGAGUCAUGGAACUCGCUCUACUACGCUACGACGUCGCUGUGUUAUUGCAACAUGGUCUGCACUCGUCGAUUACUGCGUUCGUACUGCAAGAUACGAACAGAAAGCCAACACUCUGGACAUCUAGCGGCGCCUACGUCGUCUGCGCGUUAGUGACGCAGCGCGAGUUCGCCGCUGCCGGACGACUUACGUGUGCAUUGCGACACGCUCAUCCGCUGCUUUGGGACGUGGAGAACGCGCGUCUGCUGCUGGCGAACUACCUACGAUCUCUGGCUUCGUCGCCAGCGCAGAGUAUACAGCGCGAAGUAUACGUCCAGACUUCCCGUCGCUUUGUAGACGCAUUUCUCUAA